AUGGCCACUGUUUGCAGUUUCCCUCAACUUUUCGAGUAUUUGGAAAGGUCUAAGGAUUCCCUGAAGAUUUCCAGUUUCGGCUUGUCAUUGAACACCCUCGAGCAGGUGUUCCUCAAGGUGGCUGAAAAUACUGAUCCCACCAGUAUGAUCGAUUUUGUCGAUGCGAGUAUCAGUCGUAGUGAAGAGCUGAUUCAAGCCCAACAAGUGGAUCGUUUCGAAGGCUGUACGCUGAUCUUCUCCCAAUUACGUGCUCUGUUCACUAAGCGAUUCCUGUACUGUCUACGAAAUUGGUCUCAGUUGAUCACGCAGGUGUUAAUUCCACUCGGAAUCUUGGUGUUGAUUGCGUACGCGUCUGGGAUGCAGAGGCAGUUGAAUGGGGACAAAGCGAUCAAUUCUCUCUUUGUCGCACGUUCGUCGCGUCCCGCUAUCUCGGUGAAACUCGAAAAAAAAGGUUCGCCCCGUUUCGACGCAUAUGUCUCGCGCUCGUCGGAAAAAGGACCAGGAGCACAGGUUUAUGAACUUGGGCCCAGUGACAACUUAACCAGAUGGGUAGAGCACUUGCCGAAGCAACUACCAGCUGCUGGAUUUGGCGCGAUAUUCGCCCAGAACGCCGUUGACGUGCUCUUUAACUCCCGAGCUUAUCACUCCUUGCCUUCUUCAUUGAAUGUGUAUGACAAUGCGAGGCUGAAAGUUGAAGUUGCUGCACCUGAUGGUGUUAUCAACACACAGUUGUACGCUUACACGCCCCAUAUCUCGGGAAGCGGCGGUACAUCGCGCUUCGUGUCUGCGGGGAUGGUCGACAUGCGUGUUGGACGAAACUUCAUAGUGUUGGCUUUAGCAUUAGUAACAUCGCCAUUUGUUAUAUUUUUGGUGGAAGAGCGUGUAAGCAAAUUUGCGCAUCAGGUCAGUUUGUUGUACCGAAUUUAG